CCGUUAAUAUUUGUCGGCGCAGAGCUCUUCGCUAGGUAUAAUCACUUUUGCAGUUUUUUUUGCUGCACAUAGAAAAAUUGUACAAGAAGAAAGAAGAAUUCGUAAUAUAUUUUAAGCAAACGAAAAAUUCCAUUGAAAAAAGUGAAAAACGAUUUUAUUGUGCGACAAUUAAAACAUUUAACAUAACUUUAACAAAUCGUGCAGUGUUUUUGGGCCACCAUCAACAAAAGGCGAACGAAUAUAACGUAAACGUUAAAUAAACUCAAAAGAUAAAGAAAUUCUCAAGCAGCAAAGUAUAAAGAAAAGAAACUAAAAAAAAUGACGUGGGAACCGCAAGCAGAUGGCUUACAGCAAAUCAUAGGCAUACUCAAGGAGUCUCAAUCUCCCGAUACAGCUACUCAAUUGGCCGUGCAUAUGAAACUUGAAGAACUUAAUCAAUAUCCGGAUUUUAAUAACUAUUUGAUUUAUGUUUUAACCAAACUUAAAUCCGAAGAUGAACCUACACGCUCCCUAAGUGGUCUCAUACUUAAGAAUAAUAUGCGCACUCAUGGCAAUAAUUUAAGACCCGAAAUUGUUGAAUACAUUAAACAUGAAUGUUUACAAGCUAUUGGUGAUCCAUCGCCUUUGAUAAGAGCCACAGUGGGUAUUUUAAUAACUACUAUUGCCAGUAAUGGUGGUUUACACAAUUGGCCACAGCUUUUGCCAUCGCUGUGUGAUAUGUUGGAUUCCCAAGAUUAUAAUGUAUGCGAGGGUGCUUUCAGUGCCCUACAGAAGAUCUGUGAAGAUCAUGCUGAAACCUUGGACUCUGCCUCUCUCAAUAGACCACUCAAUGUUAUGAUUCCUAAAUUUUUGCAAUAUUUCAGUCAUAACAGUCCCAAGAUACGUUCACAUGCUAUUGCCUGUAUUAAUCAAUUCAUUAUGAUUCGUUCUCAAGCUUUGAUGUUGCAUAUUGAUACUUUUAUUGAAAGUCUUUUCAAUUUAUCCUCCGAUGAUGAUCAUGAAGUAAGGAAGAAUGUUUGUCACGGUUUGGUUAUGUUGCUGGAAGUACGUAUGGAUCGUUUAUUGCCCCAUAUGCCGCAAAUUAUUGAAUAUAUGCUAAUGAGAACACAAGAUUCAGAUGAGGGAGUGGCUUUAGAAGCUUCCGAAUUUUGGUUAUCAUUGGCUGAACAAAGCAUUUGCAAAGAUGUUCUAACACCCUAUUUGCCACAAUUGGCGCCGGUUUUAGUAAAGGGCAUGCGUUAUUCGGACAUUGAUAUUAUUUUACUUAAGGGUAAUGUGGAAGAAGAUGACAUGGUACCAGAUCGAGAAGAAGAUAUAAGACCACGUUUCCAUAAAUCUCGCACACAUACCAUUAAGUCUACCGAGGCGGGUGGCGGAGAUGAUGAUGACGAUGAUUUCGAUGAUGGUCUAGAUGAUGACAGUUCCUUGUCUGAGUGGAAUUUGCGUAAAUGCAGUGCUGCCGCUUUAGAUGUUUUGGCUAAUGUUUUUCGCCAGGAAUGUUUACCUAUUCUAUUGCCCAUACUCAAGGAUACCCUGUUCCAUCAAGAUUGGGUUAUAAAGGAAAGUGGUGUUUUGGCUUUGGGCGCUAUUGCUGAGGGUUGUAUGCAAGGCAUGAUCCCUCAUUUACCGGAGUUAAUACCCUACUUGAUUAGCUGUUUGUCAGACAAAAAAGCUUUGGUACGUUCCAUUACCUGCUGGACUUUAUCACGUUAUGCCAAUUGGGUAGUUAGCCAGCCACAUGAUCAAUAUUUAAAACCCUUAAUGGAAGAAUUGCUCAAACGUAUUUUGGACUCCAAUAAGAGAGUACAAGAGGCAGCCUGCUCAGCUUUUGCCACACUCGAAGAAGAAGCUUGCACUGAACUAGUACCCUAUUUGGAAUAUAUUCUACAAACUUUAGUAUUUGCUUUUUCGAAAUAUCAACAUAAAAAUCUCUUAAUACUCUACGAUGCUGUGGGUACAUUAGCCGAUUCUGUGGGUCAUCAUUUGAAUAAACCACAAUAUAUAGAAAUUCUAAUGCCACCACUAAUUGACAAAUGGAAUCUUUUGAAAGACGAUGACAAAGAUCUAUUUCCUCUAUUGGAAUGUCUAUCGAGUAUAGCUACAGCUUUGCAAUCGGGUUUCUUACCCUAUUGUGAUCCUGUUUACAGAAGAUGUAUAUCAUUGAUUGAACAAACUAUCAAUCAGGAAAUGGCUUGCAAACAAAAUCCUGGUAUUGAUCAUCCCGAUAAGGAGCGCAUGAUUGUCGCUUUGGAUUUAUUAUCUGGUUUAGCUGAAGGUUUAGAUGGUCAUAUUGAAUCUUUGGUGGCUAAUAGCACUAUUAUGCAAUUAUUAUAUCAAUGUAUGCAAGAUAUAUUGCCGGAGGUUCGUCAAUCAUCUUUUGCUUUAUUGGGUGAUUUAACUAAGGCCUGUUUCCAACAUGUACAUCCAUUUAUGGCUGAGUUUUUCCCCAUUUUGGGACAAAAUCUAAAUCCCGAUUAUAUAUCCGUUUGCAACAAUGCCACCUGGGCUAUUGGGGAAAUUUGUAUGAAAUUGGGUGAAGAGACUCGCCAGUAUAUACAUUUAGUACUUAAAGAGUUGAUCGUUAUUAUUAAUCGACCAAAUACACCUAAAACACUUUUGGAAAAUACUGCAAUAACUAUUGGUCGUCUAGGUUAUGUGUGCCCAGUUGAAGUGGCUCCUUAUUUGCCAGAGUUUGUACGACAGUGGUGCACGUCUUUGCGUCAUAUAAGAGAUAAUGAUGAAAAAGAUUCAGCUUUUCGCGGUAUGUGUCACAUGAUUACAGUAAAUCCAGCUGGUGUGGUACCUGAUUUUAUAUUCUUUUGCGAUGCCAUUGCGUCAUGGGUGAAUCCACCGCAAGAUUUGCAUCAAAUGAUACAAAAGAUAUUACUUGGUUUCAAAACCCAAGUUGGUGAUGAAAAUUGGCGCCGUUUUGUUGAUCAAUUUCCUCCCAUACUAUCUGAACGUUUGGUCCACAUGUAUAACAUCUAAAUCGCAGUCAGUGUUUGUUGUGUGUUUGCCUGAAUGAAACAAGCAAAAGAUGGAAUUUAUUUUUUCGAAGGUUAAGUAAAAUUUGACGACAAACAGUGGUAUACAAAAAAUAAUUAAAAAAGAGUGUUAGGAUUCAAACAAGUGUCAGUCAGUUUUUGUGUGAAACAAAUGAAGGGAAUAUGUUUUACAGAUUUUUAAAUUAAAAUACUUUUUUUUUUUCUUUUUGUUGUUAGGGAUUUUCAUUUUAUAUUAUUAUUAUACAGUGAAACUUGUAGGUCAUAAAAGUAGGAAAACAAAAAAACAGAACAAACUAACUAAAAAAACAAGAAAACCUUAACAUGUAGAUAACUUUAAAGAUGUAUUAGACCGACUUUAAAACUCUACAAUUUUCCUCAUUCUUCAAAUGGUUAUAAUUUAACUAAAGGUAGUAAAUCCUUUAAAGAAAUGAAAAUUAACUCGUAUGAUGAAAUUUUACUGAUUGUAAAUUUUUUUCUUGGGAUAACAAGUUAAUAGUAAAAAAAAAAACAAAAUUAACAAAAAAAAAAGGUCUAACCUUAAAGACAUAAAUUUUUUUCAUUAAAAAUAUAUAAAUAAAUAUAAAUAAAAAUUAAAUUAAACUAUAACAAAACAAUAUAUACAUAAAUUAUAAAACAUAAACUAAAAACAAACUUAACUAAAUAGAAAAACAUCUUAAAAAAAAAAACAAAAAAAAAUAUAUCAUGCAAUUCAUAUACUCUCUCUUGUUCAUAAAACAUCUUAGUAAAAACCCUGUACUAAUUAAACAUAUUCAAACAAAACUAAAUUUAAAACUUAACUAACAAAUAGCAGCAAUUGGUGAGUAGCCUGGCAUAUUACUAUAUUUAGUUUUUAUGCUUAAAACUACUCAAUAUAAAAAUAAACUCUAACCACGGCCAGUAAUAUAUUAACAAUUAAUUUUUAAUUUUUUUUUUUAAUUAUAAAUAUUAAUAUAUAAUUGUAUGUGUAUGCAGUAACCCUUUGAUUUAACACCAACAUUUAUUUUUUUUUGUUAUAUUCUAUAUUUACUUACAACAACCCCCCAACAACAUCUCUUAAUUCAUAAAAAAGAUUUUGCAAAUCAUCUGUACUUAACAUUUAAACAAAUUAAUUUUAUGAUUAACUAAAAUUCACAGUACAUAGACUUUUAUGAAUUCUUUUAUUUCUCUCCGUUUGAAAUCAUCAAUCUUUUCUUUUUUAUUUAAUUUUUUAUGAUUUUUAUUUUCUUAGUAUAAAAAAAAAAGAAUAAAAGUGUAUUAAUAAAAUUAAAUCGUUCGGUUCGGGUCGGGUCGUUUUCGUCGCGUAAAAAUAAACGUUUAUAUUAUUAAAUGUAAAAAUAAUAUAUAGAUUCUAUAUGUAUUAUUAAAAAUAAUAUUUAUAGAUAAAUAGUAAAAGAAAUGUGUUUUAAACAUUUCUUUAGGGAGAAAAUAGUUUGAAAAUAUUUGUUUAUCAAAUGCAAUAUUUGCUUUAGAUUGGAAUUGUUAUAAAACAAACAUCAUUCCAUUUAAGCUGUUAUCAAUGAUAUGAUUGUUAGCAAAUAUUGAUAAGAAUUAGAAUUGUAUAAAGUCUUCGAAAAAUAUAAACUUUUCAAAGUUUAAAUUACUUUUGUAUACGUAGCAAAUAUGCUACAGUUUGUAAAUUUACUAUACAAACAUGGUACAGUUUGUUUUAUAUGAAUUUAUAGUAAAAUAUUUGAACCAUUUGCUACUCCUUUAAUUAUCCUCCAAAAACGGAAAAAAUUCUCUUAGGAAUUGAAAUUUUUUUAACAUUUGUUUCUUUACUAAUUACAAUUCGAAACUUUGAAAUUUUCAUAAAAUUGUGAAUACUUACUUAGUGAGACUUUUAGGCCAUAGUAUAGCCCAGAUUAUAUUCUAUAUCCCAGACUUUAGUCUAUAGCCCACACUGUAGUCUAUAGCCCACACUAUAUUCUAUAGCCCAGACUAUAGUCUAAAGCCCAGACAGUAGUUUACAGCACAGACUGUAGUCUAUAGCCCAGACUGUAGUCUAUAGACCAGGCUAUAGUAUAUAGCCCACACUAUAGUCUAUAGCCUAGACUUCAGUCUAUAGCUCAGAAUGUAGUCUAUAGCCCAGACUGUAUUCUAUAUCCCAUACUAUAGUCUAAAGGCCAGACUAUGUUCAACAGUGAAGACUAUAGUAUAUAACCCAGACUAUAUUCUAUAGCCCAGACUAUUGUCUAUAGCCUAGACUAUUGUCUAUAGCCCAGACUAUUGUCUAUAGCCCAGACUAUUGUCUAUAGCCCUGACUUUUGUCUAUAGCCCAGACUAAAGUCUAUAGCCUAGACUAUUUUCUAUAACCCCGACUUUAGUCUAUAGCCCAGACUAUUUUCUAUAACCCAGACUUUAGUCUAUAGUCCAGACUAUUGUCUAUAGCCCAGACUAGUAUAUAGCCCACACUAUAGUAUGUGGCCCAGACUAUUGUCUAUAGCCUUGACUAUUGUCUAUAGCCCAGACUAUUGCCUAUAGCAAACUUAAACUAAACUUUAAAAUUUUUCAUAAAAUUCUGAAUAAUUCUGAAUUAUCAAUGAAAUUUGAAAUCGUUAGUUAAAAUUCAAAUUUUUCGUAAAUUUUUUAUACAAUUCUAUUAUCCAUUGUUCGAUAUUUUAGAAAAUUUGAAAAAACAUCUGUUCAAAAUUGCUUCAAAAAUGUUUUCUUUCAAUACGAAUUUCACAAUUCUUUUCAAAAUUCAUUUGUUUAACAACUAUUUUCAAUACUAUUUUUAUUAUUAUUAAAAUAAUAUCGUCGCGUUUCGGGUUUUAUCGGUUUCGCGUUCGCGUUUAAUCUCAAUUUCGUCGUUCGUUUGCUCGUAAGUUCGUUUGAUUUAAGUACUACUCGGUCAGCUCGUCGUCGUCGUUCGUUCGUUUUGGUACAAAAUAAAAAUUAGCAUUAGGGUUCGCGUUUUUUUUUUUUAA